AUGGAGGCUUUCCGAGCGGCGGAGCCCUGCGCCUCUGUAUGUAUCCGUCAGUGUGCUGCUGUGCUACAAUAGGACGCUGCUCUUUGUACACUUUGCUCUCAGGUCAGUCUGUGGCUGAGCUGUGUGGACCCCCUGUUGGAGGAGCUGACAGAAUGGACGGACAGUAAACGCAUCUCUCCGGGUUUCUAUACGCUCUCUAUUUUUUCUGCCGAAGGCUUUUUCAUCUCCACUGUGUUUAGUCACUGUUCAGUCUCUCUUGGCAACCCUCGGGGACACCUGUCGCGUGUCAGGUUUCAGCAAUGAGAGGACGAUGGAGCUCACAUUCCAUCUCUAUAUUGGUCUCUUUGAUCGUACUGUGGCAGACACGGUCAAAAGCAGAUUCCAAUUCAACACGUAACGUCAAAGACAUCACAACCUUCACCAAGAUCCUGGACAGUCUGCUGGAUGGAUAUGACAACAGACUGAGACCUGGCCUGGGAGACCGAGUAACGGAAGUGAAGACUGACAUCUAUGUGACUAGUUUUGGUCCAGUGUCUGACACAGAUAUGGAGUACACCGUUGACGUUUUCUUCCGUCAGAGUUGGAAGGACGAGCGGCUGAAGUUCCACGGACCAAUGAACAUUCUGCCUCUCAACAACCUGAUGGCCAGUAAGAUCUGGACCCCUGACACCUUCUUCCACAACGGCAAGAAAUCUGUCGCCCACAACAUGACCAUGCCCAACAAGCUGCUGAGGAUCAUGGAGGACGGAACCCUGCUCUACACUAUGAGGCUAACGGUUCAAGCUGAGUGCCCCAUGCACCUUGAAGACUUCCCAAUGGAUUCUCACUCAUGUCCUCUCAAGUUUGGCAGCUAUGCCUACACUAAGACAGAGGUUACUUACAUCUGGACUCGUAAUGCCACCGCGUCAGUGGAAGUGGCAGAAGACGGAUCCAGACUCAACCAGUAUGACUUGGUGGACCAGACUGCAGGGGAGGAGACCAUUAAAUCCAGCACUGGUGAAUACACGGUCAUGACCGCUCACUUCCAUCUGAAGAGGAAGAUCGGCUACUUUGUGAUCCAGACUUACCUGCCCUGUAUCAUGACGGUCAUCCUCUCCCAGGUCUCCUUCUGGCUCAAUCGAGAGUCGGUGCCAGCCAGAACUGUCUUUGGUGUAACUACAGUUCUCACCAUGACAACCCUGAGUAUUAGUGCCCGUAAUUCACUGCCCAAGGUGGCCUAUGCUACAGCCAUGGACUGGUUCAUCGCCGUCUGCUACGCCUUCGUCUUCUCUGCACUAAUCGAGUUUGCUACAGUCAACUACUUCACCAAGCGAGGCUGGGCCUGGGACGGAAAGAGUGUCGUCAGCGAAAAGAAAAAGGAAGCGUCAGUCAUGAAGAAGAACAACGCCUAUGCUGUAGCCGUGGCCAACUAUGCUCCCAACAUCACAAAGGACUCCACGCUGCCCACCAUCUCCAAGUGUGCUCUGAGCGAUCCCAACCACAAGACCACAGCGGAGCUGAAGCCUGAACAGAGCAAGAAAACCUUCAACAGCGUCAGCAAGAUCGACCGCAUCUCCCGCAUCAUGUUCCCCGUGUUGUUUGGGAGCUUUAACCUGGUCUACUGGGCCACCUACCUGAACAGAGAACCAGUCAUUGUAAAAACGAAUCCGUCCAAAUGAACUGUAGGAAAUCACUUCGAACACAGUUCAGCCCAUUCAGGACUAACAUCUGUUGGUAUUCAUUUUUGUCAGCCAAAAAGCUGUUUUACAUGCACGGAGAAUUCCCUUCUUCCCUUCUGUCCUCGCUGAGUACAGUUUGGGAUUGUUGCAGGUAAACAUCUUAACUGGGUUUCGAAUAAUCCUGAGAGUUCAUAUUACAGGAGUAAGCCAGGCAUCUUUACCUGGUCAUUGUCAAACAGGAUACUUUUAUAGUUUCAGCUGCCCCGAACUGAUAGAAAACCAAACGUGUAGUUCUUCUUGGAUCACCAAAAAAAUCAAAAAUAAAAAAGACUAAUGCAUUAAAAAAAAAGAGAAAAAGACAUUUCCUGAUUUAAAAGUCAUCUUGGUGGACACGGUGUGUUCCUCUAGUCCUUAUUUGUUUGUUUCCAGAAGGUUAAUAGGUAGAGUAUAAAUUUGGCAAUUUAACAACAGUGUGGUGGGAGCUCGGAAAAACAAGACCAACCCGGAAGUCUCCCUGCAGAAAAAUACAUUUCCUUCUAAUUAUGGCUUCAAAAAUGUUAGAAUUAUGAUAGUAUACUAUUUCAUUUAUUAUAUAUAUUUUUUAAAAACCUAAUUUAUCAACACACUCCAUGAAACGGUGCAUAAUCAACAGGACAAACUGAUUAUCUAAGGAUCCUUUUCUCAUAAAUGUGUAACAUUUUCUCAUAUUUGUGAGUUGUGCUACUGAUGGUUUAUGGAAGUCAUAAUUACAAGAAUAUCUCUCUGGAUUUUAUGUUGCCAUGUCAAACACUUUAGAAUCUUAACAGUUUUGUCAUUAAUUAACUUCUGCAUUCAUGAGACAGAAGGGAGUUGAGAGGCAGCAAGUCAGCACGUUGCUCCUCAGUGUAGCAGAAAGAUAUCUCUAGGGAAAUAAAUCGGGAGUUUGCAGAAAGUAGUCUGGUCCUGUGGGGCGGGCAGGUUGUCCCAUUACCAUCUAUAUACCACAUCCGGCUAUUUGCUGGGAACGUAUUCCACACCAUUGCUUCGUCACAAUCACUGCAGGAUUACAUGGUGCUUUGCUGCUCACUCUGUAGCUUUUGUACAGCUUUUUAGACUUUUGUCUUCCCCCACGUGGACUGUGUCACACUGGGGAAGAUGAUUCUGACUGGACACAUAUGUGUGAGAAUAGGUGUCUGUGUGUAUGAAAUAUAUAUGUAUUCAUGUGUUUUGAUUAAGUGUCUUUGUGUGUAUUAAAUUAUUUUAAGUUUUUUUUUUUUUAAGUUUUAUUGCAAUCUUUUUUAUAUGCAAUGUAGCAGGAACAACCUCCCAGAACAGCAUACUGUGUCCGUAAUACUGCAUUCACUGAAUUUUGUGUAGUCUUUGUGUGAAAGUUUAAAAAAAAUAUAUGUGAAUUAUAAUGUAUAUGAUCCCUGUGCUUUGUUUAACCCACUUUUUUUUUGUUCUAGAGAUCACUAUCUUUUCAACUUUGAACACUUGACCACAUUUUUUGUUUAAAUGUUGGAGUGUGGAAGAUCUUCGUGAAUCAUAUGAUCGCUAAUACAAACUGAUGUUCAGUGAUAUUCACUGAUAACGAA